ACAACUCUUGUCCAUACAUCGACGACUUCCACGAAGAGACAGAUCGGUCGAGUCCAAAACACGUUGGCCCGCUCUUAACGCUGAACCAGAUAUCCCCUUCCUCUCGUUGAGUCAGCAUGUCGCUACGAAUUCGCUCAUUUACGCAGCAUAUCUGAAUGAGCUGCACAUCGCGAAAGGCAUGGUUUUGCAGUAUUCGCUCGUUGCCUUCUUUUUGGCGCCUUUAUCGACAGCCAUCAGGUUCCAAGGCCGUGGUAGCGCGAACCACACAGCCGCUUCUUACUCUAACAGCACAACAAAGGUUAAGUCUUUAAAAUCAACAACCGCGACUGCUUCACAAACAUCGUCAAUAGUACCUUCAUCCUACUACAAUUAUGUCGCUAAAACUGCGUUACCGAGCGGUUAUGUAAAUCCUAGGCCUACCGAUACUGGACCUGCGCCAAUCGAUUCUUACGAUGCGACUCUCCACAACUAUACGAGGACAUCAAAUGCAUCGUGUACUGUUCACAUUCCGGAUGCGAGUAUCGAGUGGUGGCACCCUGCAACUUAUACCCAUCCAUUGGCGACGAUCACGAGUGUUUGGGGUAAUUACUCGAACGCAAAAUCUUACACAUUCUUACUACACACCACAUCCUUCGAUGCUGUGAGCGCUCUCCAGACUGAAGAAGUAUGCAUCUCCGGAUGGACCACAUUCACUGAAUGGAACUGGACGGCUUGGGAAUGCAUACCCUAUACCGAAAAACCAAUUGCCGCCAGCACGGCCGUAGUUUACAGAACAGCUGUCCCACCCAUACCUUCUGGUAGAGAGAUAGCUAUGUCCGAAGUCUGGAAUUACGAUAUUAUACUUAAUGAUCUGCCCUCAAUGACCAUAUCGAUCUCGGUUGGACCGAACGCUACUACUGUAGGAACGAUGCCAACUCCCUUCGUUCACUUCACAGCUUACGAGGUCGAGCAUGGAAACAGCACAAAGACCGUAGAGUUGAGCUCCGUCUACGUGCAAUCGUACUGGCGAAAAGGCAUCGAACAUGAUGUAACAGCCACCGGUCCAGUUCCGGGUGGUUUCAUGGAUCAAAUCCCACAGUCGGCUUGCUAUGUUGGAAUUCUGCAAGCCGUUGUUACGGUGAUCAUUUUCGUUGAGAUGUUCUACAUCAACCAGCCAACUUUUGCCCCUGGCAUUGUUCACUGGGAAUCAUCGGCUCUCGGUUGGGAUGAUGAGGCCCCAUUAGGAGUCAUGGAUCAGACUUUGACCAGUAUACAGUCGCAUAUCAUGACAGAUUGGAACCUCUCCGGAACGAUGACCGAGCCAGUGGGACCAAGGACUACCGAGCAGCAAAAUCCUGCGCCAACAGUGAAGCCUGGCGUUGUCAGUGACCCCAGAAAGGAGACCAAGCCGGCGCAAGUACAAACUGUUGGUACUGUCGGCACAGCUCCCGCUGUGGUGGGUCCAUCGUCUGUUGUAGUCGAAGGCUCACAGACUUUGAGACCUGGAGGCCCAGCUGUUACCGUCAGUGGUACUCCUGUCGCAUUGGCUCCGUCAGCUACUGCGAUUGUCGCGAAAGGCACAUCAUUGCCGCUGCUUCACAAUCAGAAACCUGGGCAACAACAGACGGUUGGCACUUUUGGAACAAUUCCAGUUGUGGUGGGCCCAUCGCUAGUUGUGGUUGUGGGCACACAAACAUUACAACCUGGAGGGGCUCCCAUCACACUCGGACCUGGAACUACUGUAUCGCUUGCACCUUCAGCCACAGCCCUCGUCAUUGGGGGCACUACUUCGAUCCUUCCACAAAUCGUCAAUGUAGCACCUCAAGCUGCAGCACCGCCUGUUUUGACGAUAGGUCCCACAACUUUCGUCCCGAAUGCCGCCACACAGUUCUUCAUUGGACCUGGGCAAACAUUGACACCAGGCGGCACUGCCGUCAUCGAUGGUACAAAAGUCAGCCUUGACUCUUCAGCUGCCUUUAUAGUCAUAGGCAGCUCAACACAGAUCUUGCUAUCAUCUGGUUCAGCGUCAGUGCAGGUCAACAACGUGCAGCCAGAACUGGUCUUUGGCGAUUCGACAUUCACGGCCCUGCCUACAAGCAGCAGGUCUGAAGGAUCUCCGGGCAAUUGCCCGAGUGAUCCCAAGAAAUCCCAACAACAAAACCAAAACAGCCAGAUCAAUCAAGACGGGUCAGGCCCAACCUUUGUUAUCUCGGGCCAAACUCUUGCGCCAGGCGGCGCACCCAUUACAGUCUCUGGCUCGACACUCUCCCUGGCGCCCUCCGGAUCUUUCCUGGUAAUUGAUGGGUCAACGACAAGCCUUGUUAUACCGGCCGUAGUUGCUGCGGCACAUAUCACACCACCACCACUGACAAUCGGCAACGGCGUCUUCAGGCCUCUUACAGGAAUAGGGACAACCUACCAGAUCGGCACCGCUUUGCUCACCCCAGGAGGGAGCAUAGUCGUGGCUGGAACUACCAUUUCUCUCGCCCCAGGUGCCACAGCGCUUGUCGUCAACGGAGUCACCACUACUUUAUCAGCUCAAGCGCAGCCGAUCAUCACGAAUCCUCCGCUGCUGGCGAUAGGGAGUCAAAUGUACACCGCGACACCCGGGACUGGAACAACGUUUGUUAUUGGAGGGCACACGUUGACUCCUGGCGGCACGAUCACGGUCGAUGGGACGACUAUCGUCCUCUCGCCGCAGGCGACAGAGCUCGUGUACGGCAGCUCGGGUCGAAGCACGAGUACGGCGCUGUUUCCAGCUACGACGACGAGAGGGACGAGAACAGCAUCAUCGGCAAGUGCGAGUGAGAGACAGAGUGGAGGAGGGCAAGCUGCACCCACGAGUUCACGAGAAGGAAGAGCAUGGCGGCCGGGGUCAUCUAUCAGCGCUCCGCUCGGUGUUGUGGGUUGCUUAGGGUGGUUGCUUGUAUGAGACUUUACUCUGUUACACGCGUGACUUGGAAUGGCAUUAUAACUGGCGUUGGAGGAAUCUGCAUGGCAU